AUGAUCAUGAGCUCUUAUUUGAUGGACUCGGGCUACAUCGAUCCGAAAUUCCCUCCAUGCGAGGAAUAUUCGCAGAGUAAUUACAUCCCCGAGCACAGCCCCGAGUUCUACGGGCGCUUCCCGCAGCAGCACCCCGAGAUCUUCGGGGGGCCCCGCGGAGGAUUCCCCGAGCGCCCCUUCAGCUGGAGGCAGCACCUGGCGGAGAAGCCUCAGCUCUGCGAGCCCCCGGCUCCGGCUCCGUGCGGGAAUCCCGAGCCCGGCUCGGCCAAAGCUCCCGUAGUUUAUCCCUGGAUGAAAAAAAUCCACGUCAGCACCGUGAACCCCAACUUCUCCGGGGGUGAGCCCAAGCGCUCCCGCACCGCCUACACGCGGCAGCAGGUGCUGGAGCUGGAGAAGGAAUUCCACUACAACCGGUACCUGACCCGGCGGCGCCGCAUCGAGAUCGCGCACUCGCUGAGCCUGAGCGAGCGGCAAAUCAAGAUCUGGUUCCAGAACCGGCGCAUGAAGUGGAAAAAGGAUCACCGGCUCCCCAACACCAAGAGCCGCGGGACCCCCGCGCCCCCCGCGCCCCCCGCGCCCGCCGAGCCGCCCCCCGAGCCCGCGGAGCCGCCGCGGCCCGAGGACAUCACCCGCUUGUGA